GCCUGCCCGGCCGGCGCCGGGCCCCGGAUGCAAGAGGCCGGCGGAGGGACGUCAUUGUUCCCCGACGGGCUGUAACAGUAGGCGGAGCGGGCCGGGCUGAGGCGGGGGCUGCGGCGAGGGGGACCCGGCAGCGCCGAGUCAAGCGGGGCCGAGCCAGAUGAACAAUGACCAUAGUUAACAAGCCAAAAUCUUCAAAACCUAAAAAACCCUCAUCAGGGCAAUCUGAUAAACCUAAGAAGCCCCAUAUUAGAAUCAUGUCAUCACGCACUGCAAAUCUGGGCCGGGUACCACCUGGAGAAGAUCCAAACAAAGUAUCUGCGGACAAAGGACGUGGAGGUGCUAUUUAUUGUAGAUCAUCUCAAAAAUCUAAGCAUUUUGCCCAAAGAGAUCUAGUUGUUAACGAUGGAAUUGCCCCGCCACAGAGGAUUCUUUUUCCACCUGAGAAAAUAUGCAUGGAUUGGCAACAAAAACAAAGUGUUGGAGUUGGGCUGCUGAAUCUCGGCAACACGUGUUUUCUUAAUUCUACUCUACAGUGUUUGACUUACACGCCUCCUCUCGCCAAUUACAUGCUUUCUCUUGAACACACCCAGUCAUGUCAUGAAGAAGGCUUCUGUAUGAUGUGCACGAUGGAAACUCACAUUAACCAGGUCCUGUGUUGCUCUAAUAAUGCCAUCAAACCUACAUCUGUUAUUAAUGGCCUUAAAAGAAUAGGAAAACAUUUCCAUUUUGGCAGUCAAGAGGAUGCACAUGAAUUCUUAUGCUUCACUGUUGAUGCUUUGCAGAAAGCUUGCUUGAAUGGAAGCACCAAAUUGGAUCGAUCUUCUCAAGCCACCACACUUAUUUAUCAAAUAUUUGGAGGAUAUCUUAGAUCCCGAGUAAAGUGCUUGAACUGCAAAGCAGUUUCAGAUACGUACGAGCCAUUCCUUGAUAUUACUUUGGAUAUAAAGGCAGUUACAUCUGUCACCAAAGCUCUAGAACAAUUUGUGAAACCAGAACAACUGGACGGUGAAAAUAGCUAUAAAUGUAGCAAGUGUAAAAAGAUGGUUCCUGCAUCAAAGAGAUACACGAUACAUCGUUCUUCCAAUGUUCUUACAAUAUCGCUGAAAAGAUUUGCAAAUUUCACAGGUGGAAAGAUCAACAAGGAGGUAAAAUACCCUGAAUAUUUGGAUCUUCGAGCAUAUAUGUCCCAGUCGAUUGGAGAUCCACUCUUCUAUGCUUUAUAUGCAGUUCUCGUACAUAGUGGUUUCAACUGUAAUGCAGGACACUAUCUCUGCUUCAUAAAGGCCGGUAAUGGACUUUGGUAUCGAAUGAACGAUGCCUCAGUUGAGCUUUCUGAUAUCAAAACAGUCCUCAAUCAGCAAGCUUAUGUACUUUUUUAUAUCAGGCGCUAUGAUUUGACACUUGGAGAUCGUACUUUUUACUUACCAGCACCGUCUUAUCCCCGUUCAUUCCUUGGUCAGCGAGGGUCUAAUAGUAAGCAGGCUGGAUAUAUGGGACCACGACUUCCUCCUCAUAUGAUUAAGAAUUCAAGUCGUUUAAAUGGAAAUGGACCCCUAAAAGAGGAUACUGUUAAUAUCACCCUAAAGAGACCAUCUUCAGCUCCACCAACAGCUUGUAUUCAAAACUGGUCAAUUAACAGGCCUUCAAUUACAGAGCCAUCAAAAAACCAGAAGAUCACUAUCAGUAUUCAUAACAAAAUGCCUGUGUGUCAGAGUGUGUCACACUCUGACACUAGUACCAGUUCUUUGGAAAAUGAGGAUCUAAGCAAGCCUGUUCCUUCAUCCACAAUUACAAAUUCUUCUGCAGCAGAGUCUACCUCAAAUGCAUCUACAAUGUCAGUUGUCACUAACAUGUCCAAACAGGAAGCUCCUAAUGAAAUUUUUGUUGAGCCAGCAAUGAAUGGAAAUCCUAAACUCAGCUCUGAGAACGCAGUCCCUUACAGUGCGGAAUCUUCAGGAAAGUCUGAGGAGUUGAAGGGCUUGUUUAAAAGGAAUUGCAACAUAGUAUCUUCUAAUGGAAUUUUGACUGGAAAGAUGGUCUGUGCGUUGCAGAAUUCCCAUUCUUCCUCUCAAAGCGCUGAAGAAGAAAGAUCCCAGCGUGAGCUGCCAAAAAAUGAUUCACUAAAUGGUGCUAUUAGUUUAGAUAAUGAAUCUAAAGCAAAUGGACUGAAACUUGAUGAUUCCCUUUGCCAAGUCCAACCUGUUCAACCUUCUGAGAUUUUCUUCUCUAACACAAAUGGAUUUUUCGAAACAAUACCUGUAGCUUUGUCACCAAUUCCUCAAGAAGUAAUCUUAGAAUCUAUUGCAUACAGCCAGCUGCACAGCUUAUCAGAGCAAAUAAGUGUCCCUGGACCUCAGAAACCUUCUGAGAAUGAUGCUCUUAUGGAAAGUGUAGUGAUGGAAGCACUGUUUGCCUAUGAAGAAUCCAGGAAGAUUUCUUCCAAUUUUAGCUGUGAUGUUGAGAAACUUUUUACUCAAUCAGAUUCUGAAACCUUUUCUACCAAAGAAGAAGUUGCUGAAAGUGUUAUAACAAAAGUUGAUAAUGCGCAUCCCAAUAUCAAUGGUCAGCACAAGGUCAGGAAAAAAUCUUUGGAUGCUGAAGAUGAAUUCCUUGGGCAGUGUGAAUCUGAAGACAGUAGAGACAAAGACAAACCAACAAGAGCAAAAGAACCUGAACUCAUUUCAAAAGAAAAUCCUUCAUACAUCAAAGAGUCUCCUGAGAGCGAAGAGAAAUUAGGCCAAAUGUCCUCUAUAAAGUCUGACAUCGAAUGUAGUUCUCAAAAACCUGUUGCAUCUCUGGAUAUUACAGAUAAAUGCCAAGAUACAAAGGACAUCUCUAAUAACUAUGUAGAGGUACCACCUGUUAAUGACUCUUCUAUUACAAAGCUGGAUAAAGUUUUGGAGAGUCAAUUUUCUAGAGAAAAUGAGGGACUGAGUAAUAAAAACUGUGAAGAUGAUAAACAUAGGAAAAAAUAUAAGAAAAAAAUGCACGAGACUAAAAAAACUGACAAAGAGCACUACCGAAAGAAGAGACAGUACUCUGACACUGAAGAGAAGGAGAAGCAAUCCAGAAGCAGAUCAGACGAUCGUUCCCACAAGAGGAGGUGCUCUCGCAGUGUGGAAACACAUAAGCAAAAUCGUCAUAAGCAGGAGUAUUGCAAUGAAAGCAAGUACAGAUCUUCCCAUAAUGAAAGAAGCAGUCCAAAUAAUGGCAAAAGCUCAGGAAAAUAUCCUCGUUAUAGAUCCCGAAGCAGAGAGAGAACAGAACAAGACAGGAAUAGGUAUUAUCAUUCCAAAGGAGAGAGAACUUGGAGCAGAGAAAGAUAUUAUCAAGAUGAACCACGGAGAUGGGAAAAAUGUCGAUACUACGAUUAUUAUUCCUCUCAUGGAACAAGAGAGGGUAGAGAGAGGAAGUCCUCUCAUUGUGAUAAAGACUUUGACAAAUCAAGUCAAGCUUACAACAGCAGGUCACACAAGGAUUAUCAUUGCAAAAGCAGAUGGGCUCACAACACACCUUCUAGGGAGGAAGACGCACAUCACUUCAGCAGCCACAGGGCGAGCUUGCAUCACUGUUCAGUCCCUCCGCAGCAACCUGAAAAAUAUUCUCGUGAAAGGCAUGCAUUUCCACCCGUGUCAGCUCAUGCAAAUUUUGAGGACUUUUCCCGGGAAAAUGAGAAGGAAAAACUGAGAAAUGGCAAAAGAAAAUAUACCGACACAGAAGGAAGCGGAAGCGAAAUAGAAAAGAAAUGCCGAAAGACAGAUGACCAAAGAAUGAAAAAAUACAAGAAGGUCAAGAAGAAAAAGAAGUCCAAAGACAAACAUCGAGACAAGGAUUACAAACUUAAUGAUGUGGAUGUCUCUGUGCUCCACUUUGAUAAUGACAAUCGCAAACAUAAGAAGAAGAAGAAAAAGAAGAAACAUGUGAGGAAACUGAAAGACUUGUUGGAGUGUUUAGAUCAUCGCUUCCAGAAGAAAACAUGGGAGAAGGCAGAGUCCUGUCCUCCAGGCGACUAUUUACGUGAGCAAUACAGAAACCAGGGCAGUAAAGAACUCUGCAAGGAAGGGAAGCUUUCUGCUGCAGGCGACUGCAAGAACUACAGUUCCGUCAAAUCCAAUGAGUAUGUUAAAGAUGCAGAGCUUACUGAUGUAAGCCUUCCAUGCUUAAACUAAACCUACCAUCAAAACCAACAACUUUUUCCCACUAAACCUGACAUCACCAGUUUUUGACCAUCAAACCUGACCAAUAUCUGGCCACCAAGCCCGACAUCACCAGUUUUUGACCAUCAAACCUGACCAAUAUCUGGCCACCAAGCCCGACAUCACCAGUUUUUGACCAUCAAACCUGACCAAUAUCUGGCCCCCAAGCCCGACAUCACCACCAAUAUCUGGCCACCAAGCCCGACAUCACCACCAAUAUCUGGCCACCAAGCCCGACAUCACCACCAAUAUCUGGCCACCAAGCCCGACAUCACCACCAAUAUCUGGCCACCAAGCCCGACAUCACCACCAAGCCCGACAUCACCACCAAGCCCGACAUCACCACCAGUGUCUGGCCACCAAGCCCGACAUCACCACCAGUAUCUGGCCACCAAGCCCGACAUCACCACCAGUAUCUGGCCACCAAAACUUAAAAUCUAUUAUCAGAACAAUUACCAUCAAGACAAAAUCCAGUCAUAAGUGGUGCUUAACAUUUCUGUACAGAAUUUUACCAUAAAAGAACUUUUUUUUAGUUUUUAACUUGAGACUUUCUUUUUUAAAGUAUACUUCUAAUCCAAAAGGGUGGAAACUUUUUACAACUGCUGAACAUUGUAAAUUACCACAUAAAUAUCUCACUGAUGUGAGAUAAAUGCCCUGGAAUAGACCAUCUCAAAUGCUGCUUAAUUACAGACUCAGGUUGACUUUAUGUUAUUCAUGUAAUGUUACUCCAAGUUAGACAUCUGGUGCAAGAGCGACCAGGAAUUAAAAAAAUUGCAACUGACAGUCUGUAUAUUUAAUUUAAAGACUUAUUUAAAAUUUCACAAGCUCUCAAAUAACUAGAGUUCUGAAAGAGCGUCAUCUUUUUUCUGUGAUGUCUGACACUAGAAACUAAUUUACUUCACAUGAGCUAUAUUCAAGAUCUGAAGAAAAUCUUCUGGUUUUCAGCAUUGUGAAACAAUGAAUAUGCAGUUCUGAAUGUAUCUCUCAAGAAGAUUUGUAUACUCUUCCAUAUGUUUUUAUUACAUUUUCUUAAUAUACUGUCACUUGUCUUAAGUCUCAGUUGUCUGUUUUGUCUCUCUAAAAAGUGUCUAGUUACAGACAAAUUCAUACUGUGAUUUUUAUUUUUAUUAUUAAAUGCUAUCAAACUGUGAUGCACUUAUUAUUCACUGGUCCUGCAUCAGGAGAUGAGUGGGGAACCUGUAUUAAAUACAGUUCAUCUGAAUAAUCUGUCUGGUUUAUACAAGCUGUGUUGUUCAGAGAUGUCUAAAGUUUGAUCUUUGUUUUUUUAAAGAUAAAAAGCACUUGCCCCACUGUAAAUAUAUAGCAUGUAAAAUUUAUAUAGUAUAUAAAUACAGCAAAGUUAAAAUGGAGUUUUACUUGAGUUUUACUUGAGUUAUUUAACAUGCAGUAUGUCAUGUGAAUUGACAGCUUUCAGAGCGUGUUUGAUACUCGAGAAAUCAGACCUUCCUUUCAGUGGUAGGUGAGAAGAUGCUGUCGAUGUGACCCAGAGAAGAUAAGUAACUUGGGACAUCAGCUGCCUAGACAAGAAUGCAGAAGGCUUUCUCCUUUGACGUUAAAAGCUUCCAAAACCAGGCAACAGGUUGGAAAGCUCAGCAGUAGCUUUCUGCUGUGUGACACACAAAAAAAGGAGCAAGGUUAAUGUCUUACUAAGUACUUACAGUAAUACUUUGGUACAUGGAGAACACCAUAAAGCCAAACCAUAAGUGUACCCUGCAUAAUGUUCCUAUGGCAACAGUUAUGUGAAGUUACAUAAAGUAACAUGACAAAGAAACCA